AUGGAUUCCAGUUCAGAAAAAUCGAUGGUCCAGGGUGUCGCUGGAGCCCCCAAUGAAACAGCUCUUCUGGGAUUAAUGGAAAGAACUGGAUACAGCAUGAUUCAAGAAAAUGGCCAGAGAAAGUACGGUGGUCCGCCUCCAGACUGGGAAGGUGGUCAACCUCAGCGAGGAUCGGAGAUUUUCAUCGGUAAAAUUCCCCGUGAUUGUUUUGAAGAUGAGUUGGUGCCAGUUUUCGAAAGGAUCGGAAAAGUUUAUGAGUUUCGAUUGAUGAUGGAUUUUAGUGGAUCUAACCGGGGAUAUGCUUUCUGUAUGUACACGAAUAGGAACGACGCCCAACGCGCUAUCAAGGAGCUCAAUAAUUUCGAGAUUAGAAAAGGACGUCUGCUCGGAGUUUGUGCCAGUGUUGAUAAUUGUAGGCUUUUUGUCGGUGGAAUUCCGAAGAAUAAGCAACGAGAUGAAAUUAAGGAAGAAAUGCAAAAGGUUACAGAGGGAGUAGUCAAAGUGAUCGUCUAUCCCAGUGUCAUGGAUAAAACCAAGAAUCGUGGAUUUGCUUUCGUUGAAUACAGUUCUCACAGGGACGCUGCCAUGGCCCGUCGGAAAUUAAUUCCAGGUCGGAUCCAACUAUGGGGACAUCAAAUAGCUGUAGAUUGGGCAGAGCCUGAACAAGAUGUCGACGAGGAUGUCAUGUCUAAUGUGCGUGUAUUGUAUGUACGAAAUUUAAUGCUAGACACUUCUGAAGAAACUGUUAGAGAUAUAUUUGAAAGAGCGUCUGAUUCUACUGGAUCCAUUGAAAGAGUGAAGAAAAUUAAAGACUAUUGUUUCGUCCAUUUUAGAACCAGAGAGCAUGCAGCUGAGGCUAUGUCCAAUUUAAAUGGUACCACCAUAGAAGGAUCUCAUAUAGAAGUAGUAUGGGCCAAACCCCCAGACAAGACAGAUCCUAGAAGGAUAAUGAAGGGGCUCCAGCAGGUGACUUUACCACAAGGCUUAUGUCCACCCAGCUUUACCACUAGGCUUAUGUCCACACAGCUUUACCACAAGGCUUAUAUCCACCCAGCUUUACCACUAGGCUUAUUGGAGGGGGGGAGGGGGCUAGGGACAUUAAUCCCAGCACCAGCUAUGAGAGGGAGAGGACGAGGGGCAGCAGGAUCCCGUGGGGCAGGAGGUACUAGGGGGUACAUGCCCUCUAAUAUUAGACCAGGCUAUAGAAGAUACCCUGUGGAGGGAAGACUGUAUGAUAUAUUACCUGGAAUGGAGUUAACCCCUACUAAUCCAGUUACUUUAAAACCACAGUCUUUAAAAUCAUCAGUACAGAUUUUAGAAGAUAUUUGUGGUAAAAAUGGUUGGGGUAGUCCCAUGUAUCAACUCCAUUCUGCUGUACAACGAGAUAAUAAUACAGAAUCACAACUCUUCUUAUUUAAGGUGACCAUUCCAGCAUUAGCUAGUACCAACCCUACCCCCUAUCAACCUAAUAAACUCUGUCGUACUGUAGAGGAAGCUAAACUCUACGCUGCGGAAUUUGUCCUCACUAGUCUUGGAAUCCCAUUUGAAGGUAAUGAUCUUUGA